UGGAGGACCACGGCGGACUGGCUGCCGAGCCCCGGACGCCUCCUCCCCGCGCCGAGUCCUGCCUGGAGUGGCAGAGGUGCUGGCGACGGCGGCAGAGCCUCGCCCACUGCCAUCCCCACCCUUUCCAUCUUAAGACAUUAAAGAACCGCGGCUCCUGACACGUUCUUGGAGGACUAGGGCACAGAAGGAGCGAGGAAUCAGCAGGCGCAGGGGGACCCGCCAGGCGGCAUGUGGCCGCUUGGAGCCGCCCGGGCGCCGGGGGUCUGAGGCUGCGACUCCGGCUGGCCAUUGUGAGCCUCCGCAGGGACCCGCUGGCGCCGCCGUCCCCUGGUCCGGGGCUGCGCCUCGAUGGGGCACCUGGCCAAGAGGAUACGCGGGGGCCGCUGCCUGCUGCCCCUGCUCGGACUCUUUGUACUGCUCAAGAUUGCUACAACGUUCCACGUGGCUGUCCAAGAUGACAAUAAUAUCGUUAUCUCUUUAGAAGCUUCAGAUGUCAUCAGCCCAGCAUCUGUGUAUGUUGUGAAGAUAACUGGUGAAUCCAAAAAUUAUUUCUUUGAAUUUGAGGAAUUCAACCACACUUUGCCUCCUCCUGUGGUCUUUAAAGCCAGUUAUCACGGCCUUUAUUAUAUAAUCACACUGGUGGUAGUCAAUGGGAAUGUGGUCACCAAGCCAUCCAGAUCAAUCACCGUGUUAACAAAACCUUUACCUGUAACCAGUGUUGCAAUAUAUGACUAUAAACCAUCUCCUGAAACAGGAGUAUUGUUUGAAAUUCACUAUCCAGAAAAAUACAACGUUUUCACCAGAGUAAAUAUCAGCUACUGGGAAGGUAAAGAUUUUCGGACAAUGUUAUACAAAGAUUUCUUUAAAGGAAAAACAGUAUUUAAUCACUGGCUACCAGGAAUAUGUUAUGGUAACAUCACCUUUCAGCUGGUGUCAGAGGCAACUUUUAAUAAAAGCACUCUGGUGGAGUACAGUGGUGUUAGUCAUGAACCCAAACAGCACAGAACAGCCCCAUACCCACCUCGAAACAUUUCUGUUCGUUUCGUAAACCGGAACAAAAACAACUGGGAAGAACAGAGUGGGAGUUUCCCGGAGGAAUCGUUCAUCAAAUCACAAGAUUCAGUAGGAAAAGGCAAACUAUUCCGUUUCCCAGAUGAAACUCCCGAAAUUCCCUCUGGCAACGUGUCUUCGGGUUGGCCCGAUUUCAACAGCAGUGACCAUGAAGCCACGUCUCAGCCAUCGUGGUGGGACAGUGCAUCUGUAGCACCAGAAAACGAGGAGUUUGUCGGUGUGCUUCCCCCGGUAGACUACGAAAAUAGCACCUCACUGGGCGGGACUGAGAAGCCCACAUCAGACCCUUUCUCUGUCUUCCCAGUACAGAUGAUACUGAGCUGGUUACCACCGAAACCACCUACUGCUUUCGAUGGGUUCAAUAUUCGCAUAGAAAGAGAAGAGAACUUUACUGAAUAUUUGACAGUGGAUGAAGAAGCCCAUGAAUUUGUUUGGGAACUGAAUGAGCCUGGGAAAUAUAAAUUAUCCGUGACAACCUUUAGUUCAUCAGGAUCCUGUGAAACUCGAAAGAGUCAGUCAGCAAAAUCACUCAGCUUUUAUAUCAGCCCUACAGGAGAGUGGAUUGAAGAACUGACCGAGAAACCCCAGCAUGUGAGUGUCCAUGUCUUAAGCUCAACCACUGCCUUGAUGUCCUGGACAUCUUCCCAGGAGAACUACAACAGCACCAUUGUGUCUGUGGUGUCCCUGACCUGCCAGAAACAGAAGGAGAGCCAGAGGCUGGAGAAGCAGUAUUGUACUCAGGUGAACUCAAGCAAACCUGUGAUUGAGAAUCUAGUUCCUGGCGCCCAGUACCAAGUUGUGAUGUACCUAAGAAAAGGUCCUUUGAUUGGGCCACCUUCUGAUCCUGUGACAUUUGCCAUUGUUCCCACAGGGAUAAAGGAUUUGAUGCUCUACCCCUUGGGUCCAACAGCAGUGGUGUUGAGCUGGACCAGACCUUACUUAGGAGUGUUCAGAAAAUAUGUGGUUGAAAUGUUUUAUUUCAACCCCACAACCAUGACGUCAGAAUGGACAACCUACUACGAAAUAGCAGCAACCAUCUCCUUAACUUCAUCUGUGAGAAUAGCUAAUCUGCUGCCAGCAUGGUACUACAACUUCCGGGUAACCAUGGUUACGUGGGGAGAUCCAGAGCUAAGCUGCUGUGACAGUUCCACCAUCAGCUUCGUAACAGCUCCAGUGGCUCCAGAAAUCACUUCUGUGGAGUACUUUAACAGUCUGCUGUAUGUCACUUGGACAUAUGGGGAUGACACCACUGACCUGUCCCAUUCUAGAAUGCUGCACUGGAUGGUUGUUGCAGAAGGAAAGAAGAAAAUUAAAAAGAGUGUAACACGCAAUGUCAUGACUGCAAUUCUUAGCCUGCCUCCUGGAGACAUCUACAACCUCUCAGUUACUGCUUGCACUGAAAGAGGAAGCAAUACCUCCAUGCUCCGACUUGUCAAGCUAGAACCAGCUCCUCCAAAGUCACUCUUUGCUGUGAACAAAACCCAGACUUCGGUGACCCUGCUGUGGGUUGAAGAAGGUGUCGCUGAUUUCUUCGAAGUCUUCUGUCAACAGUUUGGCUCUAGUCGUGAUGCCAAACCCCAGGAACCAAUAGCCAUUGCUUCUCACGUGGUGACCAUUUCCAGCCUGCUCCCCGCUACGGCCUACAACUGCAGUGUCACCACCUUCAGCCACGACAGCCCCAGUGUCCCCACAUUCAUCGCUGUCUCCACAUUGGUUACAGAGAUGAACCCUAACGUGGUGGUGAUCUCAGUGCUGGCCAUCCUUAGCACCCUUCUAAUUGGGCUGCUGCUAGUGACAUUGGUCACUUUGAGGAAAAAGCACCUACAGAUGGCUCGGGAGUGUGGAGCAGGCACGUUUGUCAAUUUUGCAUCCUUGGAGAGGGAAGGGAAACUUCCCUACAAUUGGCGUAGGAGUGUGUUUGCUUUCUUAACCCUGCUGCCUUCAUGUCUUUGGACUGAUUAUCUUUUGGCAUUUUAUAUUAAUCCUUGGAGUAAAAAUGGCUUAAAGAAGAGGAAACUGACCAACCCAGUUCAACUGGAUGACUUUGAUUCCUACAUCAAGGAUAUGGCCAAAGACUCUGACUAUAAAUUCUCUCUUCAAUUUGAGGAGUUGAAAUUGAUUGGACUGGAUAUCCCACACUUUGCUGCUGAUCUUCCAUUGAACCGAUGUAAAAACCGCUACACAAACAUCCUGCCAUAUGACUUCAGCAGAGUGAGACUACUCUCUAUGAAUGAAGAAGAAGGAGCAGACUACAUUAAUGCCAACUAUAUUCCUGGAUACAACUCGCCUCAGGAGUAUAUCGCCACACAGGGGCCACUGCCGGAAACUAGAAACGAUUUCUGGAAGAUGGUCCUACAACAGAAGUCUCAGAUAAUUGUCAUGCUUACUCAGUGCAACGAGAAAAGGAGGGUGAAAUGUGACCAUUACUGGCCAUUCACAGAAGAACCGGUUGCUUAUGGGGACAUUACCGUGGAAGUGAUCUCUGAGGAAGAGCAGGAAGACUGGGCCAGUAGACACUUCCGGAUCAAUUAUGCUGAUGAGGUACAGGAUGUGAUGCAUUUUAACUACACCUCCUGGCCUGACCACGGCGUACCUCCAGCAAAUGCAGCCGAAAGCAUCCUGCAGUUCGUAUACACGGUCCGACAGCAAGCAACCAAGAGCAGAGGCCCCAUGGUUAUCCACUGCAGUGCGGGCGUGGGACGGACAGGAACCUUUAUUGCCCUGGACAGGCUCUUGCAGCACAUUCGAGAUCAUGAAUUUGUGGACAUCUUAGGACUUGUGUCAGAAAUGAGGUCAUACCGGAUGUCAAUGGUACAAACAGAGGAGCAGUACAUCUUCAUCCAUCAGUGUGUGCAGCUGAUGUGGCUGAGGAAGAAGCAGCAAUUCUGUAUCAGUGAUGUCAUCUAUGAAAACGUUGGCAAGUCCUAGCUCUGAAUCCGGAGCACUGAGGACACAAUGUGCACCCAUCCUGCCUUGCUUCCAGAUUCUUUUGUAGGGGCCCUGUAGCCACUGUGUAAAGCAAGCCCCUGCUUUGCAGUGUGUGGCCAAGGAGGAAGACAUAGCCUUAAGGAGCCUACAGUGUCUUUUGAACUCGUCACUUCUGGACAUUUGAUGGACCAAAUUCACUAGAAUUCCAGAAAGGUCAUGAUGCUCUACAAAGGACAGGAAGUACCAAACUUCCCAAGAGUUUAGUUGGCCCUUUGUUGCUUGGGCUGAGUUGAUUUUUUUAAGUGCAAUAAGUUUUGUAUGGAUGUGAUUUUAUCAGAAAGUUGAACUGUUAUCUGCCCACAUCAUUGAUCAAUGCCAUAGUCCAGGAAAUAACAGGCAUUGUUAUCACCGAGUUAUAGCUCAUUAUUUAAGAGGCAUGGCCACACAGGAUGACAUGAUGAAUCUACUUCAAAGAAAAUGAAGAAGUGUGAUCUGGUCUCCAAUCUUGAAGCUACCCCAUCAGGAAUGGGUGGGUGGUUGGGGAAGAGAGGUUGUACCCCCAGAUCAACUGGUUUAUCUUUUGCUUUUUCCAAAAUGACAACCUGUAUUUUAAAGUAGAGUAGAAAAAAAUUCUGUCAGAGUUGUCCUAGUUCUUGAUGGCUUUCUUCCUUCUUGACAGUUAGGUGGUCUACUUGGCCCUUUGGAACUAAUGUCACAGUCCUGUUCAAACAACCUGAUCUGAUCUGGCAGUGAGUGUUUCAAGUCUAACUCUGAGCUCCUUUGCUGUCUGAGGAGCAUUGGUGCCUAGGCCUUACCUUCCUUUUCCUGUUGACCUGCAUAUACACAAAAGAUGUUUCACCAAGAACUGUCUGAUGUGAAAAUGCACUUUCUUUCCGCCCUGAAGAGCUGGGAAUUCGUGAACUUAUGGCAACAAACUCAGCAUGCUAGGCCAAUUUCUGGACUACAUCCCUUGGUAAUAUUGUCAAGUGUCUUUAUUGAUUCCAACAGAAAUUUCUUUUUGUUUUCUUUUCAGUUGUCAGAUUUAUUUUAACUUGUGUAGCUAGCAGCAUUUUAUUCUUUGGAUUUUGUAUAAUUAAAAUACAUGAUUGUGUAUUGUGA